AUGUAUGCAAAAAUCAACUCGACUGAUGACUAUGACUCUGCAUGGGAUUAUUUUGAUCAUGGAAGUCAUACGUCAUCAAUUCCACUAGGCAACUACUUGGCUAGUGUGAGUUUCUUCGGUUAUGCUUGUGGUACCGCCCGAGGCAUGGCUCCUGCUGGCCGAGUUGCUAUGCAUAAAAUCAUUUGGUCGAUUGGGAUCACGGUCUCCGACGUGUUGCCGGCAUGGAGAGCGCCAUUGAGGAUGGAGUUGAUGGGAAACGAUAGGCUAUGGCGCCAAAGUAUGUAUAAUGGUGCACCGUGGAUAUUGACAGUGGGAGCGAGCAUCAUUGACCGAGCAUACGGAGCUACGUUGCUGAAUAACGGAUCCAUUGUGACUGGCUCUUCCAUUUACUACUCCAAUACGAUGAAGAUAUCGAGUGCUCCACUAGUUUUCAACAUCCAAGAUAGUGUUUGCGAGAGAAAGCUUGUCCCAGAGAAAGUGAAUGGAACGGUGGUGUUAUGCAUGACCCGUAACAAUAGUAUUGUUUCCGCUGUGAAAGCAGCUGGAGCCGUGGCGCUUCUUAUGCUAACAGGCCACCGUAAUUAA